UAUGCAAACUGUGCUUCCAAUGUUUUCCCAGGCUGGCAUCUGUUUCGCCUUCAUAGAAAGAAGCCGCAAAUGUACUUUGAUCUCUGAAAUUAUUAACCUGAUUCAAAAGGGGGCAAAAAUCAAUGAUAAAAUCAUGGAUAGCAAAGCAAAUGUAGUAGUUGCCUAUGGAGAAUCUUAUGCCAUGGUAUUUUUGAGAUGGUUGCCUUAUCUAUCAGAACAAGAAUACUUGGGAAACAAAACAAAUGGCAAAGUGUGGAUACUGACAGCUCAGAUGGAGCUCACUUCAAUGGUCUAUCAAAGGACGUGGGAUACAGAAAUAAUCCAUGGUGCUCUGUCUUUCACAAUUCAUUCCAAUGACAUUCCAGGAUUUCAUCAAUUUGUUCAGGAUAGAAAACCUCCCAAUUCAGCAGGAGAUGGUUUUAUCAAGGACUUUUGGCAACAAGCCUUUGGCUGUGUGUUCCCCAAUCUAGUUCUGGGCAAAUUGGAGGGGGCUAUUUGCACAGGUGAAGAGAAGCUGGAGAGUCUUCCUGGACCUUUCUUUGAAAUGACUAUGACUGGUCACAGCUAUAGCAUCUACAAUGCUGUCUAUGCUGUGGCCCAUUCCUUACAUGCCAUGUCCUCAUCUAAAGUCAAAGACAGAGUAAUAGUACAUGGAUGGAGAAUGAAGCAUUGGAAUCAUCAGUUAUGGCAGCUCCAUUGCUUUCUGCGAGACAUCUCUUUUAACAACAGUGCUGGGGACAAGAUUUCCUUCAACCGGAAUGGGGAGUUAAAAGCUGGAUUUGAUGUGAUCAACUGGGUGAUUUCUUCUAACCAGUCCUUUCAUAGGGUGAAAGUUGGGAGGAUGGAUCCACAGGCUCCUCCAGGCAAAGCACUGACCAUUAAUGAAAAUACCAUAACAUGGCACAGAUGGUUUAACGAGGUCCAGCCUCUUUCUGUAUGCACUGAGAGUUGCCAUCCCGGUUCCAGCAAGAAAGUGAAAGAGGGGGAGCCAUUUUGUUGCUAUGAUUGCAUCCCAUGUCCAGAAGGGAAGAUUUCAGACCAGGAAGAUAUGAAUGACUGUUAUAGAUGCACAGAUGAAACUUACACAAAUAAAAAACAGGAUUUCUGUAUUUCAAAGGUGGUGACAUUCUUAUCUUAUGAAGAACCUCUGGGGAUCAGUUUAGCCUGUUUUGCACAUUUGUUUUCUUUGAUCACAGCACUGGUGCUAGGAUUAUUUAUGAAGCACCACAACACUCCGAUAGUCAAAGCUAACAACAGGAACCUCACCUACACUCUUCUCAUCUCCCUCCUGCUCUGCUUCCUUUCUGCAUUGCUGUUCAUUGGUCAACCUACAAAGAAAAGAAGUAUCUUACAACCAUGAGAUGGACAGCCUACAUAUUCCGGACAGAAUGAAAAAUGUUUGAAUGAAAGGAGUUGAGUAAAUGGGUACACUUUUCUUCACUAACCACAGAGUUACAAGAAAGGGUUACAAUCCUGAUUUCAAGUAUUCAUUUCAGCAGUAUUAUGUGCAGUGUAGAAGCAUGGGUUUUCCAGAUUAUCUAGGGCAAUUUCAAACAGUGUGUUGAGUGGGCUAUGAAGUUGAGACUGCCUUGGUCAACCUGGUCUAGGAACUGACAUAAGGGAUGUGAAUCUCUUGGCAGCUUUUGAUAUCAUUGAACAUGGUUUUAGAAAUCACCUGGGAGAUUUAGGAAUGGGAGACACUAGGGGUGUGCAUGGAACCAUCUGGCCCGGUUGAGUUAAAGUCUAAACCAGACCCGAAUCGGACCAGGACAGUUCGGUCCAGUAACUCCUCGAAAUACCCCCUUUUACACACACACAUAUAUACCUUACCCCCUCUGGGGGCUUCUCCGAGGUGGCAAGGGGGGUGUCUGCAGAGGUUCCCCUUCUCCCGCUGGCCUUCCUCCUCUCAAAAACAGCCCCAUCCAGGCGUUCUUCAGCCCCAUUUGGGUGUUCAGGCCUUUCCCCCAGUAUGAUGGCCAUUUUGGAAGCUGCCAUGCCAGUGCAAUGCACCUCUGCGUAGCCACAUGACACAUCUGUUAAGGCAUCAGCCAUAGGUUCCACUUUCCUGGCUGUGUGGAGCCUGAGCCAGAUUGAGAUAGCCUGAACUCUAGCCUUAAACCAGCAGGGUUUUUUUGUUGUUGUUGUUUUACAAUUAAAUUGUAAAAAUUUAAUUGUAAUGAUUUGUAAUGUCACAAAUUGUGUUAAUUUCCAACACAAGGGGUUUGUUUUUUUUACAAUUCAGUUGUAAAAAUGUAAUUGUAAUGAUGUUGUGUAAUGUCACAAAUUGUGACAUGCAGCCACACUUUUCCUUGGUAUCUGAAGCCCAAAUCAAGAUGGAGUACCUGGCACGAGCAAAGGUGCUGCAUGUUGCCCUGCUCCUGUACUGCUUUAGGAAGCAUCUGUAUUGCUAGAUCAAUUUUCCUGAGAUUUGAUCCAUGGCUGUUUGCUGUUUCCUUCAUUAGCUUGCAGGAUAGGUUCUGCAGUUGGGAGGGGCUCUCUUCUAGUAUCCAAUAUCAUCCUUCAUCAUUCUUAUCCUGACUCAACAGAAAGAAGAUUUUAUGGUGCACACCACCAUAAAUGCACCAUCUGGACCUUGUCCCAAGCUCAGGAAGAAAAGUUAUCGGCUGUUUCUCUAACACUGGCUUGCCAUUGUUUUUUUGAUGAUGAAAUUACAAAAAAGUCCAAGCGCUUGGGCAUAAUAUGAAAAACUUUGUUUGAGGUUGGUAAUUGGUUUGAUAAAUGGCAUGUCUGGAGGGGGUAAUUUUGGCCAAAUGCAAGCUGAAGCCUAGAAUGGUCAAACACAGGCCUAGAAGAGGAUUUCUAACUGCUUAAAGUUAUGCUUUUGUAUUCAGCUUGCAAAGCAACCUACAUAAUGUGACAGCUUGUACCAACUGAAAUGGAGCUGCUGAUGUGAGAAACUGUAACCAAGCCUGUUUUGAGGCCUGUAUAAUGAACAAUGGCCAGACGUGUUGACCUGACUGACAAUGGUAUAGGGGGAAUUUUAACUGCCUACCGUAUAUUUUGAACAACAAGACUUGUAUAAGCAAGUAUAUAAACAGGAUUUAACCACUUGGCCAUAGCAGAUAAGGCUCGGGGGAAUGGAAGAGACCAGCCUACUGUAUUGGAUGUGUGCCCUGAUUCACAAGAGGGCAUUUCCAAACAAUUAGUCACUGGACAGCAUUGGACAUACACCCAUAUGCCCAAACCCUCAAGAGGGAAGUUCCAUACAAUAUAAAAAUUAAGUCACUGAGUUAAAUGGAAAAUCACCCAUCUGUGGGACCUAUUGAAAUAAUGUGCUGGGCAGAAGGUCAUUAGAGGGGCGGACACUUGCAGUGACCAGAAGCCUAUUGAGCAGGAGGAGGUUAUUAGGAUCUGCAUUAUUAUUUGCCACCCCUUCCUUGUCCAGGCUCGGUACAAAAGAUGGCCAAAAGAUGGACAAUAUUACCUUCAGCAUCCAUCAGAACCAGAAAUAGAUGCGUCCUACACCUCUGAACCUAACUGAUUCAAAGUCCUGGCCAGACUCAGAUCAGUUCUGUGUGAGUAUAUGGAUGGGUUGGAAAACUUGAUGUAUUCUGAAUAUGUUAUCCAGUGGUCUUGAUUUAUUGCUGCAUUAUUAGUAGUUGUAAUAGGAUUUUUUGUUUGCCUUGCCAAAAUUGCAUGUUUUCUACUGGGUGCAGAGUCACAUAAGCCACAAAGCUUAAAGAAACGGCAUGGUUCAGAGACACUCCAUAUGUCUGUAUCCAAUAAAAUAUAACUAUUUCAUACUAUACAACUGUUUCCUUGGCUCUCUAAAUAUACUCAAUUUAUCUGUAAAAAAAAUCUCAGUUUGAAUUUAUUUGAUGCUCUGAGAGUGAAAGCAUCUUCCCUAGUUACAGAGAAGGGAAAUCAUCAUCAUCAUCAUCAUCAUCAUCAAUUCAAUUUCUAUACCACCCUUCCAAAAAUAGCUCAGGAGAAAUAACAAAUAAAUGAUCCCACAUACACUCCCAAUUUGAGUAUACAGACUUGUCAAGGGUACACACAAAUGUAACACUUGGGCCUGGGAUAUUUAAGAUAACACUUUUUCUGCAUGAGCCCCAUUCAUUAUUAAGGUCACCUGGGGAGUUCUCCACCUGCAUUUGUUGCCAGCCCUUUGGGGGCAAUUCAAAAUCAGGUCUCUUUUAUAACUAUCCCUGAGCUUUGGAACAUCCCCUGUACUGGUGUAACAGUUUUAACAUCUCUAGUGAUUUUCAGGAAAGUCUUAAAAUGAUUUUGGUUGAUGUUUUAAUUGUUUUUCAUAAUUGUUAAUUGUUUGUAUUCAUUUAAUUGAUUUUAAUGUUUUUGUUGUUAAUCACCUUGAGACCUUUGUAAUAGGCGGUAUACAAAUGUAUUACAUACAUACACACACACAUACAUACAUGCAUACAUACUUGUCUUGAUUGCUUUAGUUUCUAAUUAUGCUCUGCUAUAAACUACCAUGAGAUUUUAUAAUUUGGUGGUAUAAUAAUGCAACAAAUAAAUAAAUGGUGGGCUUCCAGUCAUUGCUGCUUAAGUGAGCAAGAUGUGUUUGGGUAAGUGGGGGUGAGAAAUCCAAGGUAGCAAUAUUAUUUUCUAAUUAUUUGCUGUGUUGAUUAAAGUAUAGUCUCCUUGAUCAAGGACUUUCUUGAUUAAAUACAUUGUUUUUUAAUUAGGUAUAUUUUCUGUUUUGUUC